GUCAGCUCUAGUCAUAGAACCAGAAAGUCCAGAACUCUCCACUCUCGUAAGCCCCUGACCGCGUCAUCCUCUUUUAAUAAAGCGAACGCAGCAACGAAAUCCUAACCAAGUAGCCACAUACGGAAGAAAAAAAAAAUGUUCUUCUUCUUCGUUGGAGGAGUAGAGCAGCAGGUGCGCCAGGUCCUUAAAUCAGGUGUAGGCAGGUGCAUAAACUGCGGCUCCAUGGCUGAUCUAGUGGAGAACGACAAGGUUCUCAAGCUCUUCUUUGUUCCUGUGUGGAAGUGGCCCAGUAAAGAGCCCGCUGUGUAUUGUAACAACUGUAAUCUCAUGUUCCCUCGAUCUUUUCCUCUCCCACCUCCAGAGACUCAUCCAUCAGAUUCAGUCGUUUCGGAGAGCUUACGCUGCCGUUUCUGUGACCGGGUCGUGGAGCCUGAGUUUAGGUUCUGUCCUUUUUGUGGGUCUUCUCUGUAAGUGGGAUUUGGGUCGAUACGUAAUCAGUGUUUGCUGUACUUGUGAUCAAGUGAUGUAACUCUCACUGCAACAAAGAAAUUUACUGAGAAUUUGAUGUGCUAA